AUCGUUAAUAUCGUCGCCAUCAUAGCGACGGGGACACGGGAUAGUUACCGUCGUCAGGUUUAUCCUCCAAAAAUCGUCGUCGUUGGCGACGGAAGCGGGAGACCGACUGCUCCCCCGAGAGAAGCGAGCGUUCCGCUCCGCCGCUAUUCGCGUACCUCCGUGCACCACCGCAUCGGCCUGUCGAUCAGUCGACACAAUCGGAGCACGUAUUUUUUUACUACUUUGGUACUGACAAAACAUGGCUUAUUGAAGAAGAUGAAGGGCCUGCGAGAAUAUAUCGUUUCUCCAAACGGAGGAGACCGCAGCACUGACGAGGCGAGCUACCAGACCGAAUUGUACGGUCGUCGCGCAAAUGGACAUAAAGAACAAAUUUCCGCCGUCCCCGCCCAAGGGGGCCGGUGUUGAUGCUAAGAAGAAUCAAGAUGUCGUUAAUACCAAGAUCUAUCCGCAGAAGAGGCGCAAAAGAGAACUUGCUAGCGCUAGUAACUUCUCUAAGAAUGAACAACCGAGGAAGUGGAACGUACAAAAAGCAAAAGAUACUAUUAAGAGACCGAGAGCUAAAGGACAAUAUCAUGGCAGUACAGAGGAGAAUACCAAGGUAGUGGCAGCAAAAUGGGCUGAGCCUGGCUCAGUGUUGGUUCAUGGAUGCAAAAAAGAGAACUACCUGCUGAACGGCAAUCAUCUGCUGAAUUUUCACUAUGAGCCGAGAAAUGCUCAGAGCAGGAAUAUGGGCAAGUCGAUGAGGAACAAUCACAACAGUAACAGAUGGCUUCCACCGAUACAGCGGCAUAAAUACAACAAGGAGCAGUUUCUACAAGCCAGUUGCCAAUUUGUUGUGAUUGCGGGAGGAGAUUAUUCUCUAUAUUGGACCAAUCCAGAUGUUCUCGUGGAUUGGAAGUUGGUCGAGCAAAUUAAAGUUCACAGCUCAGAAAACCUGUCCUGCCCUAUUUGUCUAUGUCCACCAGUCGCAGGCAAGAUGACACGUUGUGGCCACGUUUACUGUUGGCCUUGCAUUCUUCAUUAUAUAGACGUUUCUGACAGGAAAGACGCUUCAUGCAAAUGUCCUAUUUGUUAUGCCACCGUCAAUAAAAAUGACUUGAAAAGUAUGUUCGAGAUUAUGCAGACUACGGUUAAUUUGGGUGACACACUGAAUUUACGUUUGAUGCGUCGCGAAAGAGGCUCUGUACUCGCGAUUCCCGUAGAAUCAACGACGCAUAUACCACCGGCAACAUUUCUGUCUGCUUCGGAAAAUUCUGAUAAUCAAAUUUAUUCAAAACUUCUUAUCGCGAGCGUACAGGACAUUAUACACAUCAUAGAACUCGAACGUAUUCAAUUGGAAGUUGAAUAUGAGGAUAGUGCGGAUUGUUACAUCAAGCGAGCUCUCAAUGAGCUAUCGCAAAGAGAAAACGAAUUACUGUUGAAGGCUUCGAAAGACGUUUUAUCCAUGGAAGAUAUAACCGAGAAAAAGAUUGCUCAUCAAACGUCGCGAGAGAACGAAGUAAAUACUGAUGCAUGUUGCAAGAACGAUACCGAAUUUUUGAAGACCGCUCAAGCGGAGCAAUCCUUAAAAAUUGUGGACAGUGCUUCCAACGAUAGCCAGUGUGCUUCAGGUCCUUCCAGAUUUAUUUAUUUUUAUCAAGCCGUUGACGGGCAACACUUAUACCUCCACGCAAUGAAUGUGAAAAUGUUGGAAAUGCAAUAUGGCGAUCUUGAACAUUGUCCUCCGGUGAUAACAGGUAAGCUUCUUGAGAAAGAAGCGGGCAGCUAUACGGAAGAUUUAAAACGCAGAUUGCGAUACCUUUGUCACCUGCCGCUCACUUGCCAGUUUGAAUUAGCGGAAAUCGAGCUGAGACCACCGCUCGUGUCGGAGCACGUUCUUCGUGCUUUUCGUGAACAAUUGAAUCUGAGGAAGGAACGUAGACAACGCAGGGAACGCGAGGAAAAGAAACGCGAUAAGAAGAUAACGGAAGAGCAGAAUAAGCGGAUGGGAAAGUAUCCGACACCCAACAUAAACAUCGAGUCAAAUCAUCACUUUCCACAAUGGAAUCCGGAGCUAUUGUUUUCUGAGCAACGUGCACUGUCAUCUCCGGAACCGACAACAGCAUCGAGCAUUCCCAGCAGUCCGUCUUCAAGUACAUUUGAUGAGGUUGCCACAGGAUCACGGAACAACUCGUUUUUAGAGGAUUCGCAGGAGCAGCAGCAAGUUGGCCAACCAUCAUUUGCCGAGAUGUUACGCAACACCAGAACACGCGUAAAGUCCGCUAACACUUGGCCUUCUGUCACUUCUUCGGUACAAUCGAGAACGCGUUCCGGUAUAGUGGGUAUACUACCCAAUGACGAUGAAGACAUAGAGGAAGCUUACUACGCUUCUCCACCGUCAAACAAUCAAUGUUUUGGCGACGCACUUGCUCGCGCAUUGGAACAAACUAGAUUGGAGGAUUCAGGAGAAAAUGUUAAUACAACUGGUAAGAAAAAUAAGAAGCAAAAGAAAAAGAAGACUAAGGGGACUGUAUUGUUUGCAACAGGUAUGACGUGUGCAUCUUAAUUAUGAUUAUCUGAUUAUGAUUAAAACAUGUUUUUACGCUAUUAUUUGCGCAAUAUGCGUGAUGUCAAAGGCUCCUCAUCCAUCGUACAUAGAUCAGAGAGAGAGAGGGAGAGAGGGAGGGAGAUAUAUAUAUAUAUAUACAUAGAAUUGUUUUAUAUUACGUAAAUUCUUGGGGAAUGUGAAAUUGACUAAAUUUUUAUGUUGUAUUUUUCAUUAUUUGAAAACUUUUGCAGUUUGUUAGCGCGUGAGUGUAUCAUUCAAUUUGCAUCGUCAUUUUAUAUUUUCGUUCUAAUAAACGGCAACAAUUACCGAGAAAAUUUAUAACUAUUGCGCGCGAAAUAAAAAGUAAAAACCAAUAGAUUUUAUCAGCAAGUACUUAUCCAUCAUGAGUGAUGAUAUACGGACAAGAACAGAUCUGUAUCGAAGUAUGUCGCAAGAGGAAAAAAUUUAUCUCGAUUUCUCAGUUCUGGUAUCAUUAUCGGUAUAUGUAUGUAGUAAUUGAUGAGGAACCUCUAUCUUGGUAGAACUUCCACUGAAUCACUUGUAGCAAGAUUUGUUUAUAAUUCGCGGUACUUUAACGUAUUGAAUAUACGUAUGUAAAAUAGCACUGUACGGAAAUUGAUUAUGCUUUAUUUGCCAUACUGGCCUAUUGAACAUACGAAUAAAGUUUUACUUCAUUUCA